AUGACUGAUGUAUUACCAUAUGAACCAGAUGAAGGUCCACCACAAAAGAAACAUCAAUUUGAGUUUUUCCACAAAAUAGGCAACAUAGAUGAUGCAGAAGAUGCUACGAUUUCACCCUUUUUUCCAUAUAACCUAGUAAUGAAGGUAGUAAGUUCAGAGCCAAGAGAUGUAUUGCAAUCAGAAAGAACCUGUUUAACAUUCAUAAGAUUUUCGACAGCAUUAUUUUUUACGGCAUUGGGUAUAAUUUUGAAUUUCAAAUUUGACACUUCUGGUGAUUCGAAAGAUGAAAAUAAACAUAGAAGAUUUAGUCAUAGAAAAUAUUCAAUUGCCAUAUCUUAUAUUUUGUUGAUUUUGAGUUUUUUAGUGUUGGUUGUUAGUGGUGUGAAUUAUUUUAUAACUAUUAGAAGAUAUGCUAGACAUAAAAUUUAUACUUAUAGUUUUAAUAAUUUUACUACUGCUAUUUGUAUUACUGGGAUUAUAUUGACUUUAGUGGCAAUUAAUAUUACAAUGAUUGUUGAAGGGUAUUUAGAAACUGGUUGA